CUCCCCUCUCCCAAAGGGCUGCGGCGCUCAGGAAAGAGGCACAGCAGAGGCUGGCUGUACCACGAUGGCACCAAGCAGAGUAUAGCUGAAAUUAUGAUGGACCAGUCGUCUCCAACCUACAUGCUUGCUAACUUAACCCACUUGCAUUCUGAGCAGCUUUUGCAAGGCUUGAACAUCCUUCGCCAACAUCACGAGCUGUGCGACAUUAUCUUGAGAGUUGGCGAUGUCAAGAUUCAUGCCCACAAAGUGGUGCUUGCCAGCAUCAGUCCGUAUUUCAAAGCCAUGUUCACUGGGAACCUUUCCGAGAAGGAGAAUUCGGAGGUAGAGUUUCAGUGCAUUGACGAGGCAGCCCUGCAAGCCAUAGUAGAGUAUGCCUACACGGGGACUGUGUUUAUCUCACAAGACACUGUAGAGUCUCUUCUUCCAGCUGCAAAUCUUCUCCAAAUCAAACUUGUGGUGAAGGAGUGUUGCACGUUUCUUGAAAGCCAGCUUGAUCCUGGCAAUUGCAUUGGGAUUUCUCGUUUUGCAGAGACCUAUGGCUGCCAUGACCUCUACUUGGCUGCUAACAAAUACAUUUGUCAAAACUUUGAAGAUGUUUGUCAGACUGAAGAAUUUUUUGAGCUUACACAUUCUGAAUUGGAUGAAAUUGUUUCCAAUGACUGCUUGAAUGUGGUGACAGAAGAGACAGUUUUUUAUGCACUAGAGUCUUGGAUCAAAUAUGAUGUGCAGGAGCGACAGAAGUACUUAGCACAGCUGCUACAUUGUGUUCGAUUGCCACUGCUGAGUGUUAAGUUUCUUACAAGGUUAUAUGAAGCAAACCAUCUCAUUCGCGAUGACCAUACUUGCAAGCAUCUACUGAACGAAGCCCUAAAAUAUCACUUUAUGCCUGAACACAGACUUUCCCACCAGACCAUGCUGAUGACAAGACCUCGCUGUGCUCCUAAAGUUCUUUGUGCUGUAGGAGGAAAAGCUGGACUGUUUGCUUGUUUAGAAAGUGUUGAGAUGUAUUUUCCCCAGAACGACUCCUGGAUAGGCCUGGCACCUCUCGGCAUUCCACGCUAUGAAUUUGGAAUAUGUGCCCUAGACCAGAAAAUUUACGUUGUAGGAGGGAUUGCAACGCACGUGUGUCAAGGCAUCAGUUACCGCAAGCACGAGAAUUCAGUGGAGUGUUGGGACCCUGACACGAACACUUGGACGUCCCUGGAAAGAAUGUUUGAGAGCCGGAGCACUCUGGGAGUGGUAGUUCUGGCAGGAGAGCUCUACGCCUUAGGUGGCUAUGAUGGGCAGUCUUAUUUACGAACUGUGGAGAAAUACAUUCCUAAAGUGAAGGAAUGGCAGCUAGUGGCCCCCAUGAACAAAACCAGAAGUUGUUUUGCUGCAGCUGUCUUGGAUGGAAUGAUAUAUGCUAUCGGUGGUUAUGGUCCUGCCCAUAUGAACAGCAUGGAGCGUUAUGAUCCGAGUAAGAACUCAUGGGAGACGGUAGCUUCGAUGGCUGAUAAACGAAUAAACUUUGGUGUUGGUGUCAUGCUGGGCUUCAUUUUUGUAGUAGGUGGACACAAUGGUGUGUCACACUUAUCAAGCAUUGAGAGAUACGAUCCUCAUCAAAAUCAGUGGACUGUGUGCAGACCCAUGAAGGAACCCAGGACAGGAGUCGGUGCAGCUGUAAUUGAUAACUACCUUUAUGUAGUUGGAGGUCAUUCAGGGUCAUCCUAUCUGAACACUGUACAGAAAUACGAUCCUAUCUCAGAUACCUGGCUGGACUCUGCUGGUAUGAUGUACUGUCGAUGCAAUUUUGGCUUGACUGCACUUUGAAAAAUAUGAAUUUAUGGACCUGAUGCAAAGAUGGAACUUAAUCUGCUUGGAAGGAUACCUUGCUCAUGUAGACCAGAAGCUACUUUUUCUGAAACUGGAGAAAUGUGGUGACGUUGUGAUUGAAAUGAGGAAGGGUUUUUUUUUCUUCCAGGAAUUGGCCUUUGUUAUGUUAGUAACACAAGCAAAAGGAAUGCAAGACUUAUUGCCAGCUGGGUUUAGAUAGCAUCCUGUUAAUGGCAGUGAAUUUUAGUGAGUACUGUACAUGCCUGGGUUAUGGUUAGAAACCUUACUGUAUAUCUAACCCAUUCACUUUCUAGAGCUUUUCUCUCUUCCUCCUGCCUACUAUGAAAAAUGAAGUUUACUGUGCUUGGGAUGAGAGAUGUUUGAAUGCAUUGUAUGAUUGGACAGUUUGCUGAUAGUUGUCUGGUUGUGUCCUUAUAUUAAGAAAAUGCCAGUGCUUCAUAAUUUUUUAUAAAAAGUAACUAAAGGGCUGCCUUGUUUCUGUAUCUCAAGGUUUGUAAAUAGUAAAUGCCAUAGUAUGUUGCCUGUACACUCCUUUGUUACCCUUUUACCAAUAUGGGGGCUGGCAAGAUAAUUGCUAACUACUUAGAAAAAUAAAUUUACAAGGCAAAUUUAUUGCCUCUUAUGAAAUUUUUGGACUUAAUAAAGGGAAAUCACAUUUUUAACCCUCCCUUCUAUUUUUGUGGGUAAAUAAGUAGCAGAUUAAGUUACUUAAUCUUGCUAGACUGCUGUGUGGUUUUAAUUGUAAUGCAGAGGAAAAUUAUCAACAGUAAGACAUCAGAAAAUGUCACAGCAGCAUUCAUAGCAUGAUGCAAAAUACUGAAAAAGGAAUCCGUCCCAUCCUUCACCCAAGCGUAAUUGUGCCCAUAUUCUGUACAACUUCCCUUUUUAAAAGAAUGUAUGAUUGCUUUUUUGAGUGUUCAGAUAUAAAAAUGGUGCUAAAUGUAGGACUUACAAUAAGGCUGUUACCAGUUUAGUGCAGUAUGCAUAAAGCAUGAUUGUUUUGAUUGUUCUAGUGUUUUUGUUUAUUUGCUUGAUACAUUUGUGCCUAUGAAAACUGUCAAGAAUAACACAGUGUACUCAGUGAGCUCUACAUUUCUUUCUUUCUUUUUCUUUCUUUUUUUUUUUUUUUUUUUUUUAAUAAGAUCUAGUUUUAUUGUUCCUAGUCUCUCAAAUACAAAAGUAUGGAGCGAAUAGUAAGAGCCCUUCUCUGGUUCUUUAGGCAGUCUUGCCUUUGACGUAACUUGCAAUGAAUGAGAAGCGCAGGACAUAGCGACUUAUCCUAAGUGCAUAUCCUGUGUGACGGAGCAUUGAAGGUUGGUUCCUGUGAUUAACCAGAAUCUGAAGAGAUGUGUCUUAGUGAUAGCCCUAAACUUAGUGAAAAUUUGUGCAGAUGCAUAGAAAGUGAUGGUGCAGGUUAUAACCAUUAUUAAAAAUACGUGAUUAAGUAUUAGUUCUAGCUAAUUUAGCAUGUUUUUUUUUUGUCUUCUGACUCUAACUAGGAAUCAUGAUUGUUUUGAAUUUGUUUUGAUGUCUGUAUCCGUAUUGCCAGACCUGGUACUUAAGAAAUUUUCUGCCUUGAGUAAUUUUCCUCUUGUUUUAGCAUGUUAAAUUAGUGUUUGUUUCUCCUCAUUUUUCAAACUCAUAUAGUAUUAUUUUUGAAGGUGCAAUAAUAUUCAAAAUAGUUGCUUUAAAAGCCAUUUCUUUACAAGUAUGCUAAGUGGAGGUUUUCUGAGUGUACUUUAUUUAUUCUAAGUUCCUGCAAAACUAAUUGCAGCCAGGCAGACAGUAAUUUUCCUUGUUCUUCCAUAAGCUAACAUUCAGAUUUUAAACAGUGAAGGAGACAAGGGUGUUUUCACCAUAAAACAUUAUAAUUAUAUAAUAGAUAAUGGGCGUUUGCACAGACUAUAUAAAAAAAAAUCCUGCAUAUAUUCUUCAGGUUUUGUAGAAUGAAGCAGGACUUUAAAAGCAAUUAAAAUUAACAAAUUCAGCAUUUUAUGCUGUUUAUUUGACCCACUAAGGAUUCUAGUUAUAUAGCAAUAAUAGCAUAACUUAAUUAUUCCAGUAAAUCUGUUGAUAGGACACGAGUAGCUGCAUUGUUGUACGUUGCGUGUUUGUGUGCGGGGAGGAGAGGGGAAGGGAGUGGUUCUGGGGUUGGCCCUUAAUGAAAAUGGUUUGGUCUGUUAUAUAGAUUGCCUUCUCAUUUCCGUUCAGGUAAAUGUGCAAGUUGAAUAUUUACAUGUGCUAUUUUACUUUUCACUUGCAGUUUCACAGAGAUGCCAUUGAUUAUCAUCUUUUCCAAUAUAUACUGGGGGUAAUGAUGCUUAACAAGCUAAUAUUAAAAAAAGAAAAAGCUUCCGUACUUAAAAGACAGUUCUUGCCUUUAAUUGGUAGGAGACUUUUCUUGCAGUUCAGUCUAUACUGCUUAACUACAAUGGGAGUCUGUGAAUGAAGAUGCUCAUGUGUGUUUUGAUUGGAAGCAUUAGUAAACAAUUUUCAGCAUGUACAAAGCGGGGCAAGAUACAGAAACCACUUUGGCAUCAACAGAAAAAAAAAUGCUUUGUUCAGAGGUUUGUUGAUGGUUUUUCAAUAUUGUAUAAACAUCUUACACUUAUGGAACUUGAGACACUUUUAAGAGUGCAAAAUAUUUACUCCCUGUAGCUAGGCAGUAGCAAUGUUAAAUUAGGCUAUAGAGAUUGACCAAAUAUUUGUAAUGUGGUAUUGCUAAAUUUAAGAUAGGAGCAUAAACAAGUUUUUAGUAAGUAGGAUUGGAAUUAAGAAUCGGAAGAAUACCUAAUGAAGAAUACUGCUGUGUUUAGAUGAACUGUGUGUCACUUUAAUUAUGCCAUCUUUAGUUUCUGUUUUGGGUGCUUGUUGUCCUCUUCACGGAAGUGCUUGGUUAUAGGAAGAUCAGACACAACAAUCAGUUUAAAUCAGCACUUAAAAUACAAUACUGUAAUGUCUGUCUUGCAGUUUAAAAAUUAAGGAUUUUCAAAUAAGAUGUCAUACAACUAUAAAUUAUCAUCCAGUUCUAUUUCUUACUCACUCAAAAUUAUUUGUAAAGCACUUUAAAAUGGGUAUGAGUUUUUAUGUGUACAUAUAGUUCCUGGAUUUCUGCUUUCUUUUUAAUUAAGAUACUCAUGUGUAAACUUCCUGAAGUCUCUCCUAUUUGGAAUGCUUUUCUUUCAGAAAGUCUAGUUGGAAUUUCUAAAGAGGCAAAUGUGUCCAGUACGCAUUAUAAAUAGUUUGACUUUUACUGGGAGAUAGCUUAAGUGUUACUUUUGUGAAUUUGCCAUCUGUAAGUCCCCAUUCAUUAUAUGAAACAAUGCAAAAUGUCCAAGCUUGCCUUAAAUUCUUGGUAUUUAACUGCAACUCAAAGAACUGGAUGAUAAUUCCUAUUUUUUGCCUUAUGCGCUGUGCUGUAUCUUAAACCCAAGGAUAACUCUAAUUUUUAGCAGGAUUUAAUAAUUGUACAGAGAAUACCAAAUUGUACUCGGACUUGACCAGAGUGCUUUGGUUGGAAGUAUAAAAUGAUGUAUGUAGUUUUGUGUAUGUAGAGUGUUUUUAUGUGUACAUCUUUUUUAGCAGCAAUGUUCUGGUUUUGUUACUGUUUACAAAAGUGGCAUUUGAGUUCAACAGGAAAAUAACUGUAACUUGCAUUCUUGUUCUUUACUAGUGUUCUCAAUGUGUUUGCUAUUGUGAUAAUGCUCUGUAAUUAUUGUUGUAACAAUAUUUCAUUGAAUGUGAAAUAAUUUAGUAAAUAAACCUGGGGA